GGACACCAUGUCAAUUAUUCUGUGUCCACUAAGAUAUUUUACUCGAUUAUUCAUUCUAAUCCUUAUUAUAUACGCUAUAACUUUAUUCUAUACUUACCACAAUCGCUUAAAUGAUAUUCGAGCCAACAGAAAGGACAUAUCCUACCUAAACCACAAGGAAUUAAAGUACAUUUUACAAUGGACCAGGCGUUUUAGUGCACCUUUCGAUUACAUGGGAGAAGGUAAUUCUGCUUUCGUCAAAUACAACUGCAAAUAUCGGAACUGCUUCGUAACAGAUGACAAGAAUUAUUUCCUUAACCAAAGUGACUUUAAUGCUAUAGCAUUUAAUGGAAGAGAUGUGAACAUGUGGGCUUUUCAGCUGCCAAAAGACCGAUCGCCAAAACAGAAGUACAUCUUUGGAGCCAUGGAAUCACCUGACUUCUUUCCAGCUUGCAACGACUACCUAGACGGCUACUUUAACUGGACAUGGACAUACAAAUUGGAUUCCGAUUUCCAGUGGGGUUAUAUUAGCAUUUACGAUGUGAAAGGCAAUCUAGUUGGCCCAGCGAUUGACAUGAAAUGGGUUGAAAAUAUGGACCCUGUAGAUGAAAAAUUAAGGUUAAAAUUGAGUAAGAAAAGAAAAGCAGUUGCGUGGUUCGUGUCGCAUUGUUCAACGAAACGUCAUAGAGAAGAUUACGUAGAGGAAUUUAGCCAAGAACUGAAUAAAUUUGGCUGGACAGUGGACAUAUAUGGUAGAUGUGGAACGCUUAGUUGUCCUUUGAGUGAAUCGAACUCUUGCUUCAGGAUGAUUGAAGAUGACUAUCAUUUCUAUUUGUCUUUCGAGAAUUCGUUUGCAGAGGAUUACGUGACUGAGAAAUUGUUGACGGCGUUAAAUAACUAUGCAGUUCCUGUAGUAUAUGGAGGAGCAGAUUACUCACGAUUUCUGCCAGAAGGGAGUUACCUAGAUGCAAUAAAUUUAGGUCCAAAAAAAUUAGCAGAAACUAUCUUCGAUAUUAUGGGCAACAAAACUCGAUACUACGAGUUCUUUAGAUGGCGGAAUCACUAUGUUUAUAGAGAUGCUGAUCAUCUCAACGCGUGUAGAUUGUGUGAAAUGAUGAACAGGAAUUUGGAAGAAAAAAGUGUCUGGAAGUAUUUUAGGACAUGGUGGAAUGGUGUGAGAUACGAAGAGAACUGUUUAUGAAAAUGUUAGGUACUUAAUUAAUUUGUUUCAAGUGUUAUUUUGAAACGCGCAUAAAAUAUCAUUUUGGUCGCGUCAUGACAAUAUUGUCACGGCAUGGAGAAAGGCGAAGAUUUUAGUAUCUUUGCAUCUUGCUAAAGAAGUUUCUUGUAACGCGUGACACACACGCUCUUUUUUAUUUAUUAAGCUAUUGCAUAGCUUGAAGCUUCUAUCGCGGGCCUUGAGCG